CUCUCUUUCGUACUGGUUCUUCUGUCGCUUUCUCCUCUCGCCCCCCGAACUCGGGAAGCGAAGAGCGGGGAACGCAAUACGCUGCCCGGCCCCCGGCCCGACCUCUCGCUCGGAAAGAGCUGGGGGCAGAUCUGCGCAGGCUCCGACGUGAGGGGAGCGGGGGGCAAAGCAAGAGAGGGCGGUGCACCCGGCGGGGUUCACCGAAGGCCGGACUCGUAGCGCGCUUGCGUGUGACCCGGAGCCGGACAGCCCCUGUUAGCCGAGCUGGAACUUCGCUGCUUGGCAGCAGGUGCCGCCCCUCCUAGCCCUCGUCCCCGGCCUCUCUCCCUGGCUGCCUCCGAACUUCAGGAACCUUCGAGGAGAUCUUUUGCACUUAAGUGGAAGUAAGCCCCGAAAGCAUUCUGAAUAAGGGAUCUGCUUCAGGACACCUCCAACUUUAAAAUGGCCUCUGCAGUAAUAAGUUCAGUUCCUACUACUGCUUCUCGAUUUGCUCUUUUGCAAGUGGAUAGUGGCAGUGGAUCAGAUUCAGAAUCUGGAAAGGGAAGAGGUGAGCGGAGUACUGGGAAAUCCCAAGCUUUGGGCAGCAAAUCAACCUCCAAUGAAAAGAAAAAAGAAAAGAGAAGAAAAAAGAAGGAACAGCAGCAAAGUGAAGCAAAUGAGCUCAGAAAUCUUGCCUUUAAAAAAAUUCCUCAAAAGUCUUCCCAUGGAGCCUGCUUGUCUCAACAUGAGCAAACAUCACAAGGUUCUGCACUGAAAGAUUCUCAGGAAGAAAAUUGGCAAGAGUGGAGACAAAAAGAUGAGCAGCUGACUUCUGAAAUGUUUGAAGCUGAUCUUGAAAAGGCUUUACUUCUAAGCAAACUGGAAUAUGAAGAACACAGAAAGGAAUAUGAAAAUGCUGAAAAUGCUUCUCCUCCUUCAAAAGCUGCACACAAGAAAGAGAAGAGAAAAAAUCAGCAGGGAAAAGACAAACCUCUCACAGUGUCUUUAAAAGACUUUCAGUCAGACAGUAAUAUAGAUUCUGUUUCCAAAAAGCAAGAGGAAUUGGUCUCACAUCCUUCCUUGCAUGAUGGAGGAUUCUUCAAUAGACUGGAAGACGAUGUACACAAAAUACUUACUAAAGAGAAAAGAAGAGAGCAAAUCACAGACUACAAUGGAAUGGAUAACAGUACAUCUCGUGACCCCACACAGGAUUUUUUCCUGAAGGAUGGAAGAAUAGAAAGACUAAAGCUGGAACUUGAAAAGAAAGAUGUAGAAAAUCAGCAACUAAAGAGUGUUAUCAAUCAGUGGGAGGCAAAGUAUAAAGAAGUAAAAGCACGGAAUGCACAGCUGUUGAAAAUGCUACAAGAAGGUGAAAUGAAAGAUAAAGCUGAAAUACUCCUUCAGGUUGAUGAAUCUCAGAGUAUUAAGAAUGAGUUGACCUUACAGGUAACUACUCUUCAUGCUGCAUUGGAACAAGAAAGAUCUAAAGUGAAAGUACUGCAAGCAGAAUUAACAAAAUAUCAGGGUGGAAGAAAAGGGAAAAGAAAUUCAGAGUCUGACCAGUGCAGGUGAUCAUAGAAAAAAAUAGAAUCUUCUUGAUCUUCAGGUUUUUUGCAAAGUGUAUAUUUCUACCUAGUGCUUAACUAUGCAGUUUUUUGGGAGUGGACAGCAGAAAGUUGAUCAACUAACAUUCUGAAUAUUUGUUGCACUUAAAGUGUAAAAAAGAGAAGCUGGAAACUAGUAUUACAGUUGAGCUCAAACUUUGUUUGUUCUAAUGCUACAUUUAGUUUUUCA